AUGGGAAAAUCUUGUGAUACAAAUCUUUUGUCAUUCUUUGAAAAGGUUACUGGAUUGAUUGGGAGGCCAGUGAAAGUGGAAUGGUUCCUCCUGGACGGUGCACGUACCCCGGAGCGAUGGACCAACUGGGGCCGAGCCUGGCAGCUGUGUGGGCAUGCGUGGUACCAUACUUCAUGGCCUGGGAUCCGUAUGGUGUCCUCCCCAUUAAUCGUCGAUCUCAUCUUCACCCAGUGUGCCCACGGAUCCUUGGACAGCAUAGCAGCUUCUUCAGCAACCAGCAAUUCGACCUCUGUUGACCAGGUCCAGUCAUCAGGCAGUGUGGAAACAUUUUCCUUGGAGCUUCUUUCUAGCCAGGAUGAUCUCCUAUUACAUGAUAAUAAACCUAUUCCCCCGCCCAGAUUCAAGCGUAAGAAUAAGUCAGCUUUGCCAUCACUACAUCUGGUGAAUCCUGACAAGCAGGUUGAAUUAUCAACAACAUAUGAAUCAACCACAGAACUCGCAAAGUCUUCAGUCGAGCCUACUGCCAACUCUCAGGUUCUCUUGGAUAUCAUAAAUGAAAAACUGUCUUGUCCAACAACCUGCCCUACGGGGCAGAAGGCUACUCCUGGAUUAUUGGACAAUUCUGCUAUUCCAGAACAUUCCACAGAAAUAGAUGAUUCUUCCUAUCCUGGUGGAGAAAGCGUUAGCCUCUCAACCUCUCCUUUUUUCACCCCAUCUCCUUUAAAUGAUCUUGAACUGCUAAAAAAGUAUGGCUUAAAUUUUACCUCAUUGCGUGUAAAAUCUCCUGGGUUGUCCUCUUGUUCUUCAUCAAUUACAGAUACUUCCUCGACAUCAAACUCAUCCAAGCCAUUGCCACAGCAAACAACUCAAAAAUAGUCUCGGCAGACCUUCAGCUCAUGUCAACCAGUACUAAAAUGGAUGAAAAAUACGCAACAAAGAAACAAUGAAAUAUUUUUACUUUUUUUUUUCUAGUAAAUGCAUGAUAGAACGUCGUACAUGGUUGGGAGAAUCUGAAAUUAGCUCUUUUUUUUUUUCCUACCAAAGAUCUGAUGGAUUAAUUCUACUGUUUUCAGAAGUCUGCUUGAGAGUAAUUAGUAUAGGAGUGAAUCGAGAGUGACUUUUUCUACAAGACAUAAGCAGAAAAACUUGGAUAAAGAAUAGUGAAAGAUAAAUGUACAAGUCUAAAUAAAAACUUUUUAGUUUUAUUUUGUGCAACAUUUUGAGCAAAUGCCGUUAAUCAGGUAGUUAAGAGUGUUUUACAUUCUUAGCUUAAUUUCAAGGUAACACGGUUUUAAGUGCCCAAAACGUUGCACAAAAUAAAACAAAAUUAUAUAGAUGUGUAAGUUUCUUAUCUUACUAUUGGAGUGAUAGAUGACUUAUUUAGUUAUAGUAGUGAGAUUUAAAAAAAUAUAAAUAUUUAGAUGAUCUGUGACGAUGUUAGUUCUUUAAAGAGAUAGUUAUUUUUCAAAGCUGUGAAUAAUUAAGUAUUAUUACUUACAAUUCUAGAACAAAAAAAGCUUACUUGUCAACAUCUUUCAUGAUUAUUUUUUUAUGUGAUAUGUAUGUUGAAAUGGGUCGAUUCUGUGUACGAAACACAUGGUAUGUGUCCAUUAUGGAUUAUAGCUUAUGACAGACUGCAAUAUGUUAUUUUUUUAAUAUAUAUAUAUUCUUGUACAUGUAAUUUGUUCAGGUUAUGAGACAUCCAUGAGUGAAAACUGAAUUUGAUACAUUGUUUGUAAUAUGGUAUUUUUAGAGGCUUUCUUGAUGAUGCUAUAGACUUCAUAGAAUCGGUAAAUCCUCAUAGGGAUAUGUAUUAGUUUUAAUCAAUCCUAGGCUAAUGGCCAUUGUGGUUUAGUUAUUGCAGUUUAGAUUGUUUUUAGUUCUAAUGAUCCUGACAUAAUAUUUGUUAUUAGCAGUCUCUCAGGAGUUGUAGUAUUACAAAUUUUCCGUUUCCCUUGUAAUACACAUCUUUUAGUUGAUAGGAAUUCAGUUUAUACAGCAGACAUUUUAUGUUAAACUGUACUUUACUGUAUUUGUUGAAUACUUUUAAAGACUGACUGUACAUACUGAAGUUAAAUUCCUUCUAAAUAUUAAAUACUUGUGCUUUUUUUUUUUCCAAUUGGGAGAAAAGUGCUUUUUAAAAGAAAGAUUCAAUUCUACCUCAGACUUUAUCUCGGUGUAUUUUAAGAUGCAAUAACAGAGUUUAAUUAAAAGCUAUUUGAGUGCAGCCUAUAAAGUCAGAUACAGACAAACAUAGUUAAUUUUUGAGUCAGAGAAUUUGUAACUUAAAGUAACUUAUAUUUACAAUGUAUGGCUAGUCAUGAACCAGGAAAUCUUCCUAACAGAGUAUCCAACAAAUUCUUUGUAUAUCAUAACAUUCACCAUUUUACCAUUUACGCACUAAUAUUGUCAAAACCAGACAUUUGUAAAGAUUAUGUAACGACAGUGUGGAAAAUUACUAACUUGAUGAUAGAUGGAAUUGCGUCUAACUUGUGAUCUAGUUUUAAUUGUAGUUAAAGACUACCCUGCAUUAAAUAUUAUUAUAUUACUGCAAAGAACAUCUAGUUUUCAGUUGCAUUUUUUAAUGAAAGGACUAAGUUUAACUUUAAAACAGUUCUAGAUUGCAGUUUUAUGUUUUGAACUAUUACUAGAAAUUUAAAUACAAGACUGAAACAUGGAACAUUAAGGAAAGGCGGAACCUUUUAAUAUAGUUUUUUAUCCCUUAUUUUUUUCUUUACCACUCACAAAAUAUUUGCCUUUAUAUAGUUAGGCCUCCUGGAGAAACCUUUAUAUAGUUAGGCCUUACGGAGAAACCUUUAUAAAGUUAGGCCUUGCGGAGAAACCUUUAUAUAGUUAGGCCUUACGGAGAAACCUUUAUAUAGUUAGGCCUUGCGGAGAAACUUUUAUAUAGUUAGGCCUUACGGAGAAACCUUUAUUUCCUUUAUUUUUCCUCAAAUUUGGCCAUAAAUUCCUAUAAAUUUAAAGAUCAGUUUGUACUGCCGAAACAUUUUUGAUACUGUGGUUGUGGUAUUGAUAUAAUUAUCCAAUAAAUAUCUGUGGAAAUACAGUGUGGUGCAAAAGUUGGGAUUUCGAAUAACAAUAAGAAAUAUAGUAAUUACUUUUUUUUUUAUCAAAGUUCUUUUUCGUUUGCUGGCCAUUAACUUUGAAUCAAUAAGUGCUUCGAUGUUAAUGGCCAGCGAUUCGAACAUUUGCUUUAAUAAAGAAAAAAGUAAUUAUGUGAUUUUGUAGCAUGAGGAGAUAAUUCAGACUUCAUUAUCACAACUUUUACAGUAAAAUCUCUGGGAUUCCUCACAAGUAGAUGGAUUUUUUUCUUAGAAAUAUGACAAGUUGGUAUAGAAAUUCACAUUUACCAUUAACAAAAUAUAAAAUAUUUAUAUAUAUAUAUAUAUAUUUAACUCUAUAUUUGAAUCUGUGAAACUACAAUUUGAUCUAUAUUUUUAGAAAACUGAACUAUUAAAAUAAACUUUGUUUGUAGUGGCCCACUGGAAGGCAUAUAUUGUUCUAAAGUGUAAUAUAGAUCACGUGUAAGCAUUCACAUAUUGUAGUUUCUAAAUAAAUGAUGUCUUUCUUUAAUCAAAAUUACUAUUAAUAUAAACUUUAAAUAAUGUUUGUUAUUAUGUUGUUACUUAGAGUUAUAAAUGUAUCUUUUUAUACAAAUGUUUCUUGAUAAAAUGAGCUUUUUUGAUAAGCAGUUUAUUCAAGUUUGCAAGAAAGUUUGUGUUUUUGCAAAUCAGGGUUGUAAGAAAAAAGAUUGCCAGAUGACUCCAUUAUGAACUGGUAUUUUAUUAUUAUUGUGAGAAAGUAAAAUUAUUUAUAGAUGUAUAUCUUCCAGAACUGUCCAGAACUUGUUCUCAGAAUUGUACCUUUUUUUUCAGCCAGAUUUAUUAUCGAAUAUAGAGUUAUGGACAAUAUUUCUGUACAAAAGCCAGUAUUGUGGAAAAUAUUUUAUUACAUUUAUGUCUUUAAAUUGAGCAAAAUAUCAGGUUCCUUUGAAGAAAUAUUGUAAUUUCUAGAAUGUAAAAUGGUUAUUCUACUUGGGAAUUUCUAGCAAAAAGAAAAACUAAAAACUGACAGUUAAUUAAACUUAUUAAUAUGUUUCAAUGGCAAAGUUGUUAAUGUAAAUGAGUAUGGUACUUGACUCAUUUUUAUAGGAACUGUCGAUAUUAUUUAGCUACAAAAAGUUAAUUCAAAGGAAAUGUUUUUUCAAUAAUUGUUAGGAGUAUAUACUAAUAGUAUUAAAAGAAAAUUCAUUUUGAAAAGUUUUAAUGAGAAAGGUAAUUUUUAAAAAUUUCAGAAGGAGGAUCGUUAGGUGGUCAAUUUGUCCCUGUAGUAAUGGAGUCGUGUCAUAUGAUUAAAUGUUAGACUGAGGUAGUGUUUCCAUCACAACCACCUCAUGGACAAGUGGUUAGGGUGCUUAAUUCGCAAUCUGAGGGUCGCAGGUUCAAAUCCCCGUCUCCCCAAACGUGCUCGCCCUUUCAGCCAUGUUGGCGUUAUAACGUGACGGUCAAUCCCACUAUUC